UCAAAAACAGUGCCAUGAGGAAGUGAGAAAAUCUGAAGUCAAGCUUGUGGUAAGGUGAAGUUAGCUUAACUCAUUUACUUCUACGAACAUGUCGUAGCACGGCACGAUCAACGUUAAAAAGAAAGGGUUGUACGGUACUUGAAGGAAACGUCCAAGUGUGUUCUCCAUGAAGACAAACGACGAUGAUCCAGCAUCGGAUGAUAGAGAUGGAGAGAGAGCAAAAAUCGAAACGACAGACGGAUACGAGGAGGGCAGAGUGGAAAAGACAAUCAAAAGUGGAACGCCAGACUUGUCUUUGGACUUGGUGGAUCAUCUACCUCGGGAGGAAGUGGCCUGUCAGAUGGACGUCAUCAGAAGAAUGUUAGCGAAAGCCAGCGUCCAACAGUUCGAUGAUGAUGUGGAACAAGAUGAGGUACCUGUCUCCCCCUGCAGUCCCGCGAGCACCCGCGUGCCUUCAACAACGAGCUUUACAUCCUCAAACGUCCCCCUUGAUAUGUGCUUCACUUCGUCUUCGUCAUCUUCUCCCGUUGUGAGUCUGAGUCCUCCGCUGCCCCCGUCCAAGGACCUCUGGUCAGUGCUGACCCAAACCAGUUUGGUCCUUGAUGUGUAUCAGGGCGGUGCAGGUGCCCUGACUCAGAUUUGGAGUUGUGUUCCCGAGGAUCUAAAGGGCAUCAGGACUGUUAGACUCGGCUCUGAGGAUCAACCAGGGCUGGACAGUGCUUUGUCUGUCCUUCCCAAUCUAACGCUUCUAACCUCAGUGUCUAUCCGAGGAAAUCGUUUCCAUGACUCACAGGGUGACCCCUUACCCGGCCUGCUUACAUGCUUGCCGUCAUCGUUUUCACGCCUUUCACUCCUGGUGCACUUGGAUCUCUCCUUUAACCAGCUCUCCUCCCUGCCAACCUGUUUGCUCAGCCUACCUUUGCUGUCCACCUUGCUCCUCUGCUGCAACCGCCUUGCAGCUUUGCCUCAUGAUAUUGACAGGCUGUCCAGCCUCACCUCUCUUUCUGUCAUGGGAAACAAACUGGUCUCUCUCCCUCCGAGUCUGGGUGCGCUGAAAGCGUUGAAGACACUUUGCGUUUCAAAUAACCAUCUCCAGCAACUUCCGAAUGAAAUUGGCGGUCUGGGAGAGCUGACCACGCUGGAUUUGUCCAACAAUAAUCUAAAGCAGCUGCCAGAGACCAUGGGCUCUCUGUUGUCGCUCAGGAAUCUGGUCAUCAGCAGCAACAACCUCCGCCAGGUCCCAAACUGUCUGACUAAGUUACCUCUUUUGAAAAUGGACACACUUGACAAUCCAUUAGGAAAACCACCAACGCCUCCUCCCCUUCCUCCGGCCAAAUUGGAGGUGGAAACUAAAAUUCCAGAGUGGCAUGUCCGAUUUGAUGAGCACAGUUUCAGUGUCACGUCUGCAGGGUGUCAUGUUUUCCUCCCUGGAGGCUCGGAGCUACUGUUCCCCCCUGGAUGCCUGCAGACAACCACAGAAGUCAACUGGGCUGAAAAAAGGCCCUACAGAAAGUUGGUCCAUCUUCAGGAGCACGAAAUUCUACUCAGUCGUCCGCUGGAACUUCAGCCACAUGGAAUUAAGUUUCUAAAACCAGUGCAAGUGUGUGUGUCCCAUCGUCGGGUAAAAAAAAGGGAUGUUGUCGUUCGGCGGUUCGAUGGGCAGUCAUGGAGCACCCUCCCAACUGUUCGGAAAAGAGGAAGCGAAGGUCACAGCAGUCACCCCGGAGGUCGUCCUGCCAGGCUCGCCUGCUGCACAGUUCUUCAGUUCUCCUGGUUCAUGGCUGUGGCUUGUCCAAUGAAGGACACAUGCUCUUUGACUGCGGAAAAAAACCUUCUGGUAUCUUCCUUUCACCCUGGAAUCAAGCUUCACUUCUUACCGGACUCCACGAUUGAACAACGAACUAUAACUUUAGAGGUGGUAGAUGUUGCUGUGCAUGAGGUGCAGGACCUCUGUGGUGACCCUGGCGUCAGCGUCAGCCCCCUGCUUUGCCUCUCGCAGUCGUCCAGUGCUGACUUCCUGCGGCCAAUCAAAGUUCAGCUGCCUUUACCACCUGGGGUUACAGGGCGAACACUUGAACAGCCACAACAGAGGUCUUGUUUACAUGUGCUCCAUGGUGAUCCUGUUGCCCAGACCUGGAUAGAUAUCACUUCCUCUGUGUCUCUCACUUUUGACCACCUAUAUGCCUUUUUCUACAUCACACAUUUUUCCUGGUAUUGGUUGUGGUACACCACCAAGACCAACGUUUGCGGGGUGGUUAGAAAAAUAUAUCAGAAGUUAAAACUAUUUAAAGUCCAGUUCCUUGUCCUCCAGCGGAAGAGUGACCCAUUUCAAGUCUUGGUGCAGUGUUUACCUUCCAGCAAGGUGGAAAGCAGACUGCAGUCGCUGUCUCGGAAAUAUGAUGGACCCCAACCCACAGACCAGUGUGGCCUACUGGAGGGAGAACAGUUCUUUGCUGGCUUUGAAAAGGGCUUAGACAUCAGCUCAGACCGACCGGACUGCAUGGAGGGCAGACUCAGUUUUGUGUUCUACUCCAGCAUGGAUAAUGUCAAAGAGAUUUGCAUCUCUCCUGCAGAAGGUGUGGCUGUUCCUGUGAGGGGACAAGUCUCUUUUUAUCGAGGAGAGAUGCCUGAAGAUCUGCCAGAAGAAGUAUCAAGAACGCGCCGAGGGCCCGACAAUCAAUGGCUAGCAACUUUACCACUUAAACUACCGGCUGUGAACUCAGAGAACAACUACGUAAUGGAAGAGUUCCAGCGUCCUCUGAACCUCGGGGACCCUGAGACCGGCUUCCUGACAGAAACUAACCUUCUGACCAUAUCUCAUCGGAUUGGACCGGACUGGCGUGUUAUCGGACUCAACCUUGGCUUAAGCUACCAGGAGUUGAACCGCAUGGAAUACAGAUACAAGGGCGAUCUUGGAGGACUGGUGCUGGACAUGUUGUUCACCUGGGCCCGUAGACAAGAGAACUCAGGUCCUGGCGCUCUGAAGAGGCUCGUGGACGCCAUGGAGAAAAGUGAAAGGAAAGACAUUGCAGAUGAGAUCGAGGACAUCGUCAUUCUAGGAAGGGAAAAAUACAAUGAGUCCAUAAAGAGAGUCGGGCUUGAGGGUGAGGGCUCGUCUCGUGCUGAGACACGGCAGCAGACAAUCUCAAGUGUGACUUAACCUUUGUCAGGUGUUUCACUCUCUGCUGUUUAACAAAAACUGUUACAGACUGCUGAAAAUGCUUUGCACUAAAGGCCAGUUUUGUUUUUUGUAAGACAGCACAACAGAACUGGAAUGAUGCUUUUUUUGUCUUUUUAUGUAAAUGAUUUGUAGCUAUUUAUUCAUCUUAUCAAUGAUAUUAUGUGCCAAUGUUUAAAAACAUGACUGCCUUUCUUUGACAUGAGUCACAUGUCUGAGGACGCAUUUGUCUUGGACUAUGGUUUGUAUUCUAGCACAUGUAGAGCUAGAAAAGCACUCUGUGAAUGCAGACCUGAGACACGCCACUCAUUUGCAUCCAAACUGUGAUUUUGUUUUUAACAGUAUCAUUGUCCUACAUGCAUUUUACCAAUAUAUUUCAUGUUAAAUAUUGUGAGUUUAAUGAGUGCACAUGGACAGCAGAUGGCUGAAGUGCUACAGAGUACUGCACAUUAUAAACGCAAAGAAGAUGUUGCUUUGUAGGAAGUGAAUUAGAAAACCGUAGAUAAAUCUCCUUUUAAUCGCCAUUGUUAAAUCAUACAAUAACUUUGCAUUUUAUGAUGUGUUAAAGCACUUUUUCUAUCGAUGGGUUUUGCACUCCUUAUUUCUCAUUAUAUGCAGAACAUUCCAACACAAAAAGCACAGAUUCUUUAGAUUUUGUAUAACGUGUCUAAAGAAAUACUGAGUAUAAGAUUAGUCAAUGUUUUUUGAAAAGAAAGAAAAUCUAACAGAAAAAGCAAUCUGAAACAAUAUGCGUCAGUUAAAUGAAUCAGAACCCUUUACCCUUUACGGCUCUACUUCAUCUGCACAAGAGAGCAUCAGUUGACUUUUAUACGACAGAGAACGGCAUCUGAGUG